UAAAUCCCGAAGAAGAAGUUACCAAGCAUAGACGGUAAACACGGCAAGCUACAGUCAGUGAGGAGUACUUGUUCGGAACCGGAGCUACGCCUCCCAGCCGCAUCAGGAUUUAAGAUAUACUUUUAUCUGCCUGCUUAUAUUAAUAUAUUGAUAUUGAAUAUCAUAUUGAUUGAUUAGCAACACUAAUGGCCAAAGUUAGCGAUAAGGUUAAGCAAAAGUCGAAUCACGAUAGUGCUAAGCGCCCUUCUAUAAAUCGAAAAAGACGCAAUGAUUCAAGCCCCGAAGCUGCUCUUGACCGUGGAGGGGGUAAAGUCAUCCCUCUGGAAAACGGGGAGCAAAAGUCCAACGCAAAGCGAAGAAGACGCAAUGAUUCAAGCCCCGAAGCUGCUCUUGCCCGUGGAGGAGGUAAAGUCAUCCCUCUGGAAAACGGUAAGCAAAAGUCCAACGCAAAGCGAAAAAGACGCAAUGAUUCAAGCCCCGAAGCUGCUCUUGUCCGUGGAGAGGGUAAAGUCAUCCUUCUGGAAAACGGGAAGCAAAAGUCCAACGCAAAGCGAAGAAGACGCAAUGAUUCAAGCCCCGAAGCUGCUCUUGCCCGUGGAGAGGGUAAAGUCAUCCCUCUGGAAAACGGGAAGCAAAAGUCCAACGCAAAGCGAAGAAGACGCAAUGAUUCAAGCCCCGAAGCUGCUCUUGCCCGUGGAGAGGGUAAAGUCAUCCCUCUGAAAAACGGGAAGCAAAAGUCCAACGCAAAGCGAAGAAGACGCAAUGAUUCAAGCCUCAAAGCUGCUCUUGCCCGUGGAGAGGGUAAAGUCAUCCCUCUGGAAAACGGGAAGCAAAAGUCCAACGCAAAGCGAAGAAGACGCAAUGAUUCAAGCCUCAAAGCUGCUCUUGCCCGUGGAGAGGGUAAAGUCAUCCCUCUGAAAAACGGGAAGCAAAAGUCCAACGCAAAGCGAAGAAGACACAUCGCUGCUCUUAUUCUUGCUCGUGGAGGGAGUAAAGGCAUCCCUCUGAAGAACAUCAAGAUGCUGGCAGGAGUUCCUUUGAUCGGAUGGGUGAUCCGAGCAGCACUGGACUCUGGGGUGUUUCACAGUGUUUGGGUGUCCACUGAUCAUGAUGAGAUCGAGGAAGUGGCCAAGGCUUGUGGGGCUCAGGUGCACAAGAGGAGUCCAGAGGUGUCCAAAGACUCCUCAAGCUCACUGGAAGCCAUUCAGGAAUUCAGCAGACACCACCCAGAUGUUACCGUCAUCUGUAACAUCCAGGCCACUUCUCCAUGUCUGCACCCUCAACAUCUCAAAGAGGCUGUGGAGUGCAUCACUAAAGAAAAGUAUGAUUCCGUCUUCUCUGUGGUCCGGCGACACCAUUUCCGAUGGCAAGAGGUCAAGAAAGGUUGCCAAUGUACAAAGCCGUUGAACCUGAAACCAUCUUGCAGACCACGGCGUCAGGACUGGGACGGAGAACUGUGUGAAAAUGGCUCUUUCUACUUCGCUACCAAAGAACUUAUAGAAAAGGGGCUACUUCAGGGUGGAAAAAUGAAGUACUUUGAGAUGAAGCCCGAGCACAGUGUGGAUAUCGAUGUUGACAUAGACUGGCCCGUUGCUGAACAGAGAGUGCUGAGGUUUGGUUACUUCGGGAAGGACAAACCUGAAGUUGUGAGGCUUCUGCUGUGUAACUUGUCAGGAUGUCUGACAGACGGUCAGAUGUACAUCUCGGCUAAAGGAGAGGAGAUGUUGUCCAUCAACACCAGAGACCAGGCUGGCAUCGACAUGCUGAAGAAAGGGGGAGUGGAGGUUAUUUUGAUAGAAAAAAACCCCAUUGCAAAAGCCUUAGCUAACCAACUCUCAAAGAGAAUGAGCUGUAAGUUGCUGCAGAAUGUGCGUGACAAACUGAAGAAGGUGCAGAUGCUCAUGAAGAAAAGAAGGCUGGAGUGGAAAGAGGUGGCAUAUUUAGGAAACGAUGAGCCUGAUGUAAAGUGCCUGGAACUGGCAGGGUUGAGCGCAGCACCCAAGGAUGCCCCAACAGUUGCGCUCAACCAUGCCAAAUACAUCUGCCACAAAGAGGCGGGUCACGGAGCCGUGCGAGAGUUUGCCGAACACAUCCUACUGCUGAAAAAGAAGGCCAAGUCUCAGAUGGAGCAGGAUAGAAUUUGCAGAAACACUAAGAUAUCAACUAUCAACUUCAAAUAAACAGCCAUGGGAACAGU